AUGGGUGCGAGGUGUGGAAGCGUGCCAUCGCUCGCCAACGUGGCCAAACACCAGCGCCAGCAACGAGACGGCCCGGCAACGUCAGGGGCGCCCUCCGCCGUCCCAGCUGCGUCGGCUGCUCCUGCUCCUGCUGCGUCCGAUGCCGUGCCGAUACCUGAGGCUCCUGCGCCUCCACCACAGCUGCUAGUGGCGGACCCGGGUACUGCCUCUCCCGGGACGUCGGCUGGACCGCGCCCCGUCAAUCGCCGGCGCGGGGGUCAGCGCCCCGUGGGUACCCAGCGCACAGCACCGUCAGUCGAGCAGUCCCAGGUGGACUCUCACAGCGAGCCAGCCACGCCUCCCCCUUCCAGCGACGGGGCCGCGCCGGGUGCCUCCACCAUUGACCUGGCCAACCUAGUCGCGCAGCUCACUGCCUUGCUAACCAGUGCUACGAAGUUGAUUGAAGUCCUGUCGCAGCAACUCACCGCUGCAGUGCCGAUGGCCUCUCCGGCCCCGACCGCUGUCAACACUCACCAGCUGCACUAUGGGCAGUGUUAG